AUGACUUUGUCUCAAGCUCUUAAGGAGAUAAAAAAAAGAGGAAGGAGUGUUCCGAUUGAUGGCGUUUACUCAAUAUUAGGUUUGUUGCCUUAUGGCGAACAUGUGAAAGUUGACUACAACUUAGCUCCCGAACAAGCUUUGUAUGAUGUGAUGAAAAUAGCAUUCGGACACAGAAGUAAAAUAGAGAUGUCAAAUUAUACGUUGACCGAAUUUCCAAGAAAAGAAACUGUUAGAGAAAUUUUGCCCGAUGGAAGGCUAGUUAUUGAAUAUAGAGAAGAAAAUGGCUAUGGAGGAAUAGAUAUUAGUCUCAAUGAUGUAUGUGAUUAUUUUGAGGAAGGAAAAGGUCUUGUAUUGUUUUCUUCGCAAAGUUAUAUCAUAUGUGAAGUAGGUUCUAGUAUUCAAAAACUAGAAGGGGGAUUUGAAACAGAAGCAGGUCUUUACAAAAAGGAUGUAAAAGUAAAAACUGAGAUAGUUAAAGCAGAUUACGAAAGAAUUCAGAAAACUUUGGAAUUGGUUAAGGAAAAUAGAUAUUUAGUAGUACCAAGUUUAGUAGAAUUAGGAAAUGAUAAAUUACAAGGAGGAGAUUAUAAACAAGUAGUGAUCGGAGCAAAAAAUUAUCAGGUGGAAUCACAAUACCAAGCCCGAAUUGAGAUUAUAAAGUAA